UCCGUUCAACAUCGCGCCACCGGAGAUCAGCUGAUAAACAACAGCCACUCGACGCUUCACGCUUUUCUUUGUUCGUUUCCAUCGUCGUCUCCACGGCAUAAACAAGGCGAUGGCCGAUAAGAUUAACAUGUCCCUGGACGACAUCAUCAAGAUGAACAAGCGGGGCGGCCGCGGAGCGGAGUCGUCCCCGCGGGGAGGAAGUUCAGACCGGGUCGGGGGCUCGGCGGCGCGGGGUCGGCAGAACUUCAGCCGGGAGAGGAACAGCAGACCCGCUCCCUACACCCGGCCCAGAGAAUUACCAGACAAAUGGCAGCAUGACAUGUUUGAGGAGCACGCAGGUGGACAAAGAGGACAACAUGUUAGGACAGAAAGACGUGUAGAAAAUAGUGGCAAGCUGCUGGUUUCUAAUCUUGAUUUUGGAGUUUCUGAUUCAGAUAUCAAGGAUCUCUUUGCAGAUUUUGGGACAUUACAGACUGCGUCAAUACACUAUGACCGCUCCGGUCGUAGUAAAGGAACAGCAGAUGUCCACUUUGCAAAUAAGGAAGAUGCCCUCAAAGCUAUGAAACACUAUAACGGUGUUCCUCUUGAUGGUCGUCCAAUGAAAAUCCUAGAAGUGACUUCAGAAGGCAGUAGUGCACCGAGUUCAAAUGGGAAGUUUGAUCGGAGCAGACUCGGUCAGCCCAGGGUUGAAAGGCGGCAAGGCGGCAGCAGAGGAGGAUUCAGAGGGCGAGGGAGAGGAGGUGGAGGUGGAGGAGGAGGAGGAAGAGGUGGAGGUGGAAACAAACCCCAGCUAUCUGCAGAGGAGCUCGACGCUCAACUAGACGCUUACAAUGCUGAGUGUAAGAUGGACACCGCCUAAAGUAUUCGGAGGACGCUGUCCAGACAUGUGUUUUGAAGCCAUUUUAUUAUAUGAACCACUGAGGUCUCAUUCAUUUUUCUUUCUUUUUUUAUUAUGUUUAGGGCAGUUGUGUUUUGAAAGUCAUUUUAAUGUAUCAGAACAUUUAACUGCCUUAAAUUUGCAACGUGAUCUGUUUUAGUUUUUUUUUUUUUUUAAAUAUGUAACAUGUUUGCAUUUUUCUAUGGAGGGUUAUUUACUGUAAUGUUGAAUGUAUACACAAAUCCCAUCCGUCACCUGGUACUGUAUACUUGUGGACUUGUACAGAAUUUUGUACAUAAAUGGAUAAUACUGAAUUGUCUUUAAACAAAAUACUGUGUAUGGA